AUGCUAGGCCUGAUUGUUCUCUACCUAUACGGGAACUUGGAGGCGGUUGACGCCUAUUUCUUCGGCGCGAGCGCGUCUACUGAACCCGGACUCAACACAAUCGAUGAGAAGGAUCUAAUGGCGUAUCAGCAGUUGUACAUAUACAUCAUUCCGAUCAUCAGCAACCUCGGGUUCAUCAACAUCUGGUGGUGGUGGUCCGUCUCCGCUGGUUUGAGAAGCGGUUGA